UCGAGUCGCUCGCUUGUUGUGUAUCAUGUGGCUGGAAUUCGACACCUCAGGGGUUGAAAACUCUCAUGUGUUUAUGGGACUUGAUUUUAGCACACACACAGGCUGCUGCGUUCACAGUGGAGAAGUUCUCCUGAGGAAUUACUGGACCCAAAACGUCCCGCAUCUGAACGCGUCUGAUUUGCGUUUGCGACGCAUCUGGGUCAGUCGAGAAAAGCCAGUUUCUGGCCACUCCGGACACAUGUGCAAAUAAAAGUGGAUAUUCAGAAUUAUGUAUCAUCACUUAAGGGAGAAGUCGAGAAGAGACACGUUAAGGAAUACAUUUUCAUUGUCUGUGGAUUAUUUUCACUCAGUUUUUUCUUAAUUUAUUUCACUUAAGUCCAUGACAGGAGAGGUCGGUCAGGACAGAAAAGAUGCCAAAGGGUGGAGAAGGACGGAGAAUUCCAUGGCAACGUCUGCCCGAUGUCACCUGAGAAACUGGAAGGUGAUGAUGUUGGUGUUUGUGUGUAUUCUGGGUCUGAUUGAUGGGCAUUACUUGCAGGAUGAGAUGGAAGAAUCCCACACCAACAUACUGAGACCCCCUUCAACCUUUCCAGACCGACACCCACUCCAGAAAAACCCAGAGCAGAGGCAGAGCAAAGCAUCCUGGGCAGGACUGCAUGACUCAUCCCUGGCCGAGGAGGGUGAGGGGCAUCGAAUCCGAUGGCAGCGUUCCUCUACAAAUGCCUCCAGUUCAAGGAAAUCCCCUAAGAACCGCAAGGAACGUCGUAACCGGACACGAGGUCGCAGCAGCCAGGACUGUCAUUUGGAGAGGAAGGAGAUGAGGGUGCGUGAUCUUGGGCUUGGAUAUGACUCAGAUGAAAUCGUGAUUUUCAAGUACUGUGUGGGGACAUGCAUGAGUGCCCGCAAGAACUACGACUUGGCCCUGAAAGUGCUGACAGAUAAUGGCAGUGUUCCAAGCCGCAAGGUGAGCACCCAUCCCUGCUGCAGACCGACACGCUUUGAGACUGUCUCGUUCAUGGAUGCCCAGACAAGUUGGCAGACCAUCAAAUGGCUUUCAGCAGCCAACUGCAGCUGUGUGGGAUGACAGAGGUAGAGGAAACACAACUGGUAAAGUCAAUCCAAAGCUACGCUUCAAUCCAAAGAGGUUCCUUAGAUGUUCCUUGGAAUUACUCUGAAGGGAAACAGCGAUGCUGUGCUGCUGGUGAUGCCCGGAUGGAUGGUGCGGAUGUAGCUAGUGUGGCUAGGGUGCAAACACAGUGGCUCUUGUACCAUGAGGAACCACAGGAACAAGGGAUGACCUGCAGGGUAGAGGUCAUUUUGCCAUGAACACUGGUUUUGAGACUGUAGAGGAGAUGCCACCCGUUCUCUGACCUCAGCAUCUCCAUUAGAGAGCUGAUAAACAUUGAUGGAGUCCUCCAGAUAUCUGCUCCGAACUGGAGUUUUAGAAUUGAAGUAACUUGAAGGGCUACAUUUCACAUUUCUGCCCCUUAUAAGGCAUUAUGAGAUUUUAAGAAUAACGUGGAUACCAUGAAGGUUCAUUUUAAUAGAACAGAAGGUGCUCAUCAUUUAUGGUUUAUCAAGAAACAUCAUGUCGAAACCAGGCACGAUGCAACAAGUUUCCAGCAAAUUUCCUGUACAUGCUGAAUGCGAAGCUGCUGCGCAACUUGACACAAUUGCAGUCAAUCAGAAGGCGUUUGAUGUUUAGAGGGCAACAGUGCCCACCAACUUUUUCAGCAGUUUUGGUUCCAGAAGU